AUGUCCUCCACCCUCCCGUUUCUCGACCAGUUCAAUGCCCCCUCAACCGAGGGCAGAAAGAGGAUUUCGAUCUACACCCCUAAGCACACCCAUGUUGGCAACAGCACUUUGCUGACACUACUUCUCAGUAACCCCACCGACGUCUUCAAUAAACUCAAAGCCCACAACCCCGAGGCAACCAAUGCCACCGACCGCGUAGCACUGGAAGCGUACCUCUCCGCCCGCCAUGAAUACGAUGAGGCUGUCAAGGCAGCCGACAAGGCCAUCAACCACCACAAGCGACUCCUACGUCAACAGGAUGACCGAGUCCUCACCGAGCUCAUUCGACUCGACAAUCUGAAAGUUGCCCAUCGCUUUCAACCGCUCCUACCGCACAGCAUCCGGGUGCGACACAACAAAUUCAUCCCGCGCGCCAUCCCCAACGCGUACCUACCCCUACCCACACCCCUACCAAUGUCUGCCUUCAGGCGGCCCCCGAUCCCAUCCCCUUUCCUCCAAGCAACACCACGAAGCACUACUAUCCCGGCUGACUGGCAACCCAACCCUGGGCUGAUGAAGCAACAUGUAUCUGCACCACCUGAAGAACCUGCGCGACGUGUGGGGGUGGUCGUCGACAACGUGUUCCUCGAGGGAAUCAUCAACGAGGCAAAGGAGAGGAAGGAAAGAGAGAGGCAGACAAAGGCGGUACCCAUCCCUCCACCGCGUAGUGCUAACCCCGAACCCCCAGCCAGCCCCGUCGCAGGACCCUCAUGCCCCCGCCCCGAUACACCCAUUGUCUUUCACAAAGUCGACCCCGACUAG